AUGGCACCGUCCGCAAUUGAAGAACCCCCGGCAACCGAAACAGUUUUGGUUAAGCCAUGGAGCCGGCCAGAACCAACAAAAGAGGAUUUAGACUGGGCGCCGCUAGUCGAGAUCGAUCUCUCUCAAUUUGAUCACCCGGGAGGAAAGGAGGAGCUUGCGAAGCAGCUGCACGAUGCGGUGACGCGGGUGGGAUUCUGGGUUGUCGUUGGACAUGGGCUUGAUGAUAAUCAGGUGCUGCGACAGUUCAGUCUGGGCAAUGCAUUUUUCAAAGAACCACUUGACGAAAAGCGGAGCUUCCCUUGCAAUUUUGCGGAGGGGGAGUAUUUCGGGUACCGCGAGAAUGAACGGUGGAUCGGUGACACCGGAGUCAAAGAUAACGUCGAGAUGCUAAACAUCCCCAAAGCAAUUCCCGAAUGGUCCCACAUCCCCAAACACCGCGUAAUCCGCCAAAACUACGACGAAAUCGCGACAUUCCACCGCGACCUCUACGAAAAAGUCAUUCGCAAGCUCUUCGUCCUAAUGGCGAUCAUCCUCGAGCUCCCAGAAAAUUAUCUCGUCAACGCACACGCCUACGACCAGCUCUCCGACGACCACCUGCGCUACAUGAUCUACAACACGCGAACGCAAGAAGAAUGGGACAAGGCGCAGGGCUACACGAAGGGCGGCCAUACCGACUUUGGCAGCCUGACUCUGCUGUUUUCGCAGCAUGUUGCUGGGUUGCAGAUUCAGACGCCGGAGGCGGAGUGGAAGUAUGUUAAGCCUGUUGAAGGGGGGAUUACGUGUAAUAUUGCGGAUACACUAUCCUUCCUUACGAAUGGAUUCCUGAAAUCCACCGUCCACCGCGUCGUGACGCCCCCGAAAGACCAGAUCCAUAUUCCGCGCCUGGGGUUGCUGUAUUUCUGUAGGCCGGGAGAUCAUACUAUCAUGCGGACUGUGCCGUCACCUUUACUAGAACGUCUGGGUUUGCUUAGCGAAGAAGAUAAGGAUACUAGCAAGCCUGCUGCGACAGGGACGGAGUACGUUCGCGCGCGAGUUAAAGAUGUGCAUCAUCGGAAGGUGAUUGAUCGACGAGAGAAUACUUCUUUUGAGUUCAAGGGGUUGAAGGUGCCGAAUUAUUAUAAGUAG